AUGGACACGCUGUUCCCGGCGCCGAUUCCCAAGAAACACUCGGGCAUGGAGUUGCGAUGCACCAACGCGGACUGCUCUAGUGGAGUGGCCGGUGGUCGGACGAGUCCAAGAAGCGGGGGCGCGAAUGGAUGGCGGCGCUGCACCACAAGUUUGGCGACGACGGAUCGUGCACGAGGACAUAUAAUGGACGUUGACCUUCACGCUGAUUUGGUGCGGCUGGACGAGGUCGCUUCGAAAGUGGCGAUGAUGCGAGCGUCGGCCGAGAAGGUGCUCGAGGACAUAUGCUCGCCGACGACUGGCUUUCUUGCGGAAGUGUCGAGCUCCAUCAAGCACGUGGAUGCGGCUUGGCAGUCUGCGCGAAAUCACAUCCCAGACAACGCCCGCACCGCCAUUGUCAGCGACUUUGUGAAAUUUCUCACGGAUUCAUUGGACGUCCGCAACACCGCAGGGCUGUCGCAGUUGGUCCAAGCGUUUGUCGACCAUGACACUGCGACGGUGGACGCGUUCAUCGCCAACUCGAUCAACGUCGUCGUGUUUGCCAAAGCCGCCGCCGCGGUGGUGGUAAAGCACGAAGACACUACCGUAGUCCCCUCCACUCCGGACGGCCGAUCGAUCCGACUCGCAGAGAAUGUUGCUCUUGUGACAAAAAGACCGGAACCAGCUGUGAAGCGACCCCGCGCGUCGUUGGAGGCCGAGCGUACCAUUGCGGACGAAAUUGAACCGAAACGAGGCCACCUGACGCUCUUGGAAUCAAACAACAACGACAUCCAUAGCAAGAUACACGAUGUGGAAUUGUUCGCGUCUGCGUUGGACCGGUCGCUGGGCAAAGCCUUCGCAAACAACAAAUGGCUGCGGGUGGUGGCGCGAGAGCCGUGGACCGACUGGUCCAAUGCAUUCGUGCCGUUUCUACCGGGCCACAGCCCGGGCCAAGUGGCCUUGAACGGCGAAUUGCAAGCGUUUUUUAUCGUGCAUGGUCGAGCAAUGUGGGAGCGGUACUUCUACCUCGGAACAUCGUUGGAUCCUCGCAACACAAUGCCAUCAAAGCGCUUCCGUCGACUCCGCGCAUCCUUCGGUGAACUCGUGCAGAGUCUGUACGCGCUGGAAGGUGUCGACGUGUUCUUGUUCCUGGAAGCGUACCGUUCUGGCCAUCGAUCGUGCAGCACCCGAUCCCGUUGGACACGUCGUUUCCUAGACCAAUGCACGAAGCGAUGGCCAUCGUAUCAGGGGUACUGGGCGCCCCCCGUGGAAGCCACCACGUCACUCUCGCACGAGUACGGGUUUGAAAAGUUCGAACCCAUGGCGUGUCUCGACUGGAUGGGCAAGACCUCGCUGCUACAGGACAAAUGGAUCAGUCCAAAUUUCGUCGCCAAGCUCUUCGCGGAAAUGGAGGCGAAGCGACCGACGUUUGACGCCGCCCAGAGCCCGUACGUAUCCGUGAUGCAUCCAGCGAAGGCGCUGCCAACGUUCCAAAAGGAGAUGUCGUUUUCGUUGUGCUAUUGUAGCAACAUGCGACGUGUGCACAAAGCCAAACAUGCCGACCCGACGGCUGCUACUGCUGCUGCUGCUUUGGACGGAGCCGUGCGGCAGUUUGAACGCGCCCGAGACGAUGCGGUGAAAGCCAUCGACACGUUGUCGUCGUCGGUGGCCAACGUGGCAGAGGUCGCCACCUCCACCGUUUCCCCACCAGACAGAGCAACCUUGACCGCGCAAACGGUCGACGACUUCGUCAAGUAUCUCGUGAAGAGGUUCGACGUGAGCAACCUCGAGGGGCUGACUUCCCUCGCGAAAGCGUUCGUGUUCCACCCUAGCGAGAAGUCGCCCCAAGUCGAUGCGUUUGUGGCAAAUGGACUCGACGUGGUGCUGCAUGCGAGGCGAUGUGCGGCCCAAGGUGUGCCCGGGACCCUCGUGGUGCUUCCAGCGAUGGCGGACGAGGCCCUGGAAGGCCUCACGGAUGGCCAAAUCGAAUUCGUGCAGUUGAAAGUGGCGCAGGUGAAGCGAGUCCGACGUGCUGUUGUGGAGGGAAACCUAAACCCGUAG